CUAAACUACAAAAACAGAAACUUCCACCAAUUCAAUUAUUUCAACAGUAGAAAUCAUCAACAGUCUACACUCUACACUACACAUACACCCAAAACCAAACCAAAUAAAUCCCCUCCCCACCCUCCAUUCCACAACACACUUCGCACUCCCAACUGAAAAUCCAAUUGACUAACACACACAACAACAACAACAACAACAACGACAACAGCCAUCAAUUAUGUCACCCACAAAGCUUGCACCUUUGCAGGGCACAAUGCUUCUGCUGCUCUUGAUCCUUCUAACCACCACCAUUACCAUUACCGCUUCCACUCUAUCAUCACCUUCCAACAAGCUCAACCACCCUCAUUUCCAGGAGCUCAACGUCAAACAAACAAUGGCAGAUACCAAACUGAACCCAACCCUAAUCCCAAAAACACACCAAAAACACAAUACCACCAAACAUGAAGGAUCAGCAAAAUGGAAGCUCAACCUACUUCACAGAGACAAAGUCACCACCUUUAACGCCACCCAAGAUCACCGCACUCGUUUCAAUGCACGAAUGCAAAGAGACGCCAAAAGGGUCUCCGCCCUCCUCCGCCGUCUCUCUGCCGCAGCCGGAAAAACCAGCUACUACGAAGCAGAGGAAUUCGGGUCGGACGUAGUUUCGGGUAUGGAGCAAGGCAGCGGCGAAUACUUCGUCAGAAUCGGAGUUGGAAGCCCACCGAGGAACCAAUACGUUGUCAUCGAUUCCGGCAGCGACAUCGUCUGGGUCCAAUGCCAACCCUGCAAUAAAUGUUACCGUCAAUCCGACCCGGUUUUUAACCCGUCAGAGUCUUCUUCUUACUCCGGCGUUUCUUGUGGCUCCAACGUAUGCAGCCGCCUGGAGAAUGCCGGCUGCCACGAGGGGCGGUGCCGGUACGAGGUUUCCUACGGCGACGGGUCCUACACGAAAGGGACACUUGCCCUUGAGACUCUCACGUUCGGGCGAACCGUGAUCCGAAACGUGGCGAUCGGGUGCGGGCACAGCAACCAAGGAAUGUUUGUUGGGGCUGCUGGGCUUUUGGGCCUUGGUGGUGGGCCCAUGUCUUUUGUGGGCCAGCUUGGUGGCCAGACUGGCGGUGCAUUUAGUUAUUGUUUGGUGAGUCGGGGCAUCGGGUCGUUCGGGUCACUUGAAUUCGGGCUUGAAUCCAUGCCCGUGGGUGCUUCAUGGGUCUCCCUGAUCCAUAACCUGCGGGCCCCGAGUUUCUACUAUAUUGGGCUCUCGGGUCUUGGGGUUGGGGGCAUUAAGGUAUCCAUACCCGAAGAUAUUUUCAGGUUAACGGAAACAGGGGAUGGAGGAGUGGUGAUGGACACGGGCACGGCCGUGACUAGGCUGCCGACAGUGGCGUAUAAUGCAUUCCGGGAUGCUUUUAUCGGGCAAACCACAAACUUGCCCCGGGCAUCCGGAGUAUCCAUUUUUGACACGUGCUAUGAUUUAUACGGGUUUAUGUCGGUUCGGGUCCCGACCGUAUCGUUUUACUUCUCGGGUGGGCCAAUUUUGACCCUGCCAGCUAGGAAUUUCUUAAUUCCUGUUGAUGAUGUUGGAACAUUCUGCUUUGCAUUUGCUCCUUCUCCUUCGGGGCUUUCCAUCAUAGGUAACAUCCAACAAGAAGGGAUUGAAAUUUCAGUUGAUGGAGCUAAUGGGUAUGUGGGAUUUGGACCCAAUGUUUGUUGAAUAAGCAUGUACAUGUACACCAACCAUCUGAAUUUUUGUUAGUCUUAGUAAGUAAUGUUACAUAUUCACUAUUGUACUAUAUCAUAUCAUAUAUAUUAUUAUAUUAUACUUAGCUAUAUUGUAUUAUUGUAAUCAUAUAAGCUCCACUUUUUAUUAGGUGCUAAAAGCAAUUUUUAUGUAGUGUGCAAUAGUGUGUAGGGAGGAACAUAUCUAAUAUGUUAUAAUGAGUGGUCAAACAUAAACAUUGCCAAGGGGCUAACAACGAACAUAGUCAAAAGGUUAAUUGCACCAUUGGGUUUAUGUUGUGCUUAGUCAUAAGGAGGAUCCAAGACAUAGGAAGAGUUAUAAAUGAUUCAGUCUCUCUCUCUCUCUAGACAUAACCCUGACACCUUUUUCUUUCUCUUUCCUUUGUAUGUGAAAGCUCAAAGCUGCUACAGAAAUUGAAUGAUGAGGAAAGGGGAGCCACCAUCACUAUUAGGCUCUGCUCUCUACCUUUGUUGGGAGUGUGCAUUCAUUCAUUCAAGUAAUGACUUUUACAAAGGCAAAAGCCAUUGCUUUUUCCUCUUUAGAGAGAGACCUCAGAUUCAUGAGAGGGAUGAGAGGGGAAAAUAAAUCACUUUUACACUUUUUUUUUUCCUUUUAUUAAAAUGUGGAUGAUCAUUAGCAGGACGACAUAUACACUUAGAUGUCCCACUCACAUGUUAUCUGAUAUAUGUGGUUAAUUAGAGUGGAUGAAAAUGAUGUUUUGAUUGCCCAUAUGGUUUUGAAAGCACCUUUUAGGCCCCACCAAAAGUUAAGACUUUGUUAGUGAAAAAUGGUGAAAGAAGAGGAAUCAAGAAGCAAUGUACCACAACACCCAUUCCUUUGGUCAGAGAUUACGAAUCAUGCAGGAAUUCGAUGUACUAAUUACAAUUAUCGUACUCAUCCAAAACUGCAUUUGGCAAAACCGUCAUUUUACGUAUUCACUAUUAUCACUUUCAAAUCUGGCCACAAUUUUACAAACCUUGAAUGCUCUGAUUGUACCAACAUGUUAACUCAACUAAACCAAUAAUUGUUAGACUAACUGUUGGGUUUCUAGACCCAGCAUUUUCUUGUACUCUACUUUGAAAUGAGAUGUAUUAAAGUUU